AUGGAAUUCCCUUUUCCAUUUGAACCCUAUUCCAUCCAGAAAGAUUUCAUGGCUAAUCUAUAUGAAUGCUGCGAAAAAUCCAAGCUCGGCAUUUUUGAAAGUCCUACUGGAACCGGAAAAUCACUCAGCUUGAUAUGUGGAUCAUUGAAGUGGUUGAAGGAUUUUGAAGAGAAGCGUCGCGUGGAUCUGAAGACGUCUAUUUCUACUCUUGAAGCUGAGCACGCGAAAGCCAUUAGGUCGGAUGACGAAGAUUGGCUUACGAGUGGUUACCGAGCGUCUCAAAUCCAAGCAGCUCUUGUAGAAGCGAAGAAGUCUCUUCAGUCUGCGGAAGAACUGGACCGCCGUGUGCAAAAUCUGAGUGUGCUGAAAAUACGAAAGGAUUACAACGCUUUGAAGACUGCUCUUCUGAAGAACGUGACUUUGUCUGAAAGUGGUAGUAAUCCUCUGAAUGAUGAAUCAGAAGCCGAAGAUUCGCUUGAACCGCUUCAAGAAGAUAUCGAAGAAGAAGAAACUUGGUUCACGCCCACGCAGGUUGUUUUUGCUUCCAGAACCCACUCACAACUUUCCCAAUUCCUCGGUGAAAUUCGGAAGAGUCCUUAUUCUGAAACGCGUGCCAUCACUUUGGCAUCCCGCGCCAAUUUGUGUAUCAACCAAUCAGUCUUGAAACUUGGAAACCCCUCAUUCAUCAAUGAGCGGUGUCUCGAAAUGAAGCAGUCGUCGUCGAAAGUAACGAAGAAAUCCGAUGAUGGAAAUGUGGCGAAGAAACAGCGAAAAGGAAAGUCGGAGAAUUUGUGUUCGUGUCCAUUUCUUCGCGCGGAUGCGGUUCAAGCAUUAGCCGAUGUCUCCUUGACCAAAGUGAUGGAUGUCGAAGAUUUGAAGAAAUCUGGGGAAGAUUUGAAAGCUUGUCCGUAUUAUGCGUCCAGGAAAGCCGUUGAACUCGCAGAGCUUGUUGCUCUUCCCUACAAUAUCCUUCUACAUUCCAAAACCAGGAAAACGUGUGGUAUCAAGCUGAAGGGGUCUGUUGUGAUCAUCGAUGAAGCUCAUAAUCUCGCCGACACCGUCGCCAGUAUUCAUAACGCGAAAAUAACUGGUGAACAACUGUGUCUUGCGUAUUCUCAAGUUAAUCAAUACCAUGACAAAUUUAGAACGCGAUUCUCUCCUCGGAACAAGGUUCGGAUUACGCAAGUUAUCUUCGUGUUGUCGAAGCUUUUGAAAAUCUUGGGAGGAAAACCAGGCAAGUGCUCUCCGGAAGACUCGACUGGAUUGAAAGAAGAGGAAGCCGAAAUUAUUUCUUCUCCAAACUUCGUCUUCAAAUCCAAUUUGGAUGCCUUGAAUCUAUUCGAGCUUGUAGAAUUUUGUGGAGCCAUUCGUCUUCCGCAGAAGCUUUACGGUUACCGCGAAAAAAACGAUGAGAAACCUUCCGAGAAGCCGCCUGUUGCUACGCCGGAAUCGAAGCUGAAGGCCUUUCUGACCACUUACGCUAAGCCGAAAGAAAAGAAAUCCUCGGUCCCAGAAAAUGAAGUCAAGGAGCCAGAAGCUCCGCAGAAGCCUCAUGUCAGGAACUCGCCGUUGUUGCAAAUCCUGGAAUUUGUCGAAGCUCUAACGAAUCGAGACGUUGGAGGAAAGAUAGUGAUAAAAAAAACGACUUCCUUUGGGACAUGCAGUCUUCAGUACAUGUUGUUGGACACCAGUGAGCAUUUCAAAUCCAUAGUGGAUUCUGCUAGAGCCAUUAUUGUUGCCGGUGGCACCAUGAAGCCUGGUGAAGAGUUUCGGCACGAGCUAUUCGCCAACCAGCCUGAAACGAGGCUCAUGGAAUUUUCCUGCGGUCACGUGGUUCCUGCAAGUAACAUUUGUUGUCUGGGACUGGCGAAAGGCUGCUCUGGGAAAAAUCUUGAAUUCGUGUUUGAGAAACGAGCUGAAUGUAUCAAAGAGUUGGGAGCUACUUUGUGCGCCGUAACUAAUUUGUUUUCUGGAGGAUUCGUCGUAUUUUUUCCGUCCUAUGGAUUCGAGGCCGAAGUAGUGAAGAUUUUCAGUGAGACUGGGGUUCUAGAAAAGCUGCGGUCGAGGAAAGCAGUGUUCAGAGAGCCUAAAAAUUCCUCGGACGUUGACAAGGUGCUUUCUGCAUAUGCCAAAUCCAUAGAAACUACGGGAGGAGCGAUGCUUUUUGCAGUUAUCGGCGGAAAAAUGAGCGAGGGGAUAAAUUUUGGCGAUGAUCUCGGUCGUUGCGUCGCCGUAGUCGGUCUCCCUUACCCCAACUCGAAAUCCCCGGAACUGCAGGAAAAGCUGAAGCAUUUGGACGAAAAACGUGGACCUGGGUCGGGUAAAAAGCAUUACGAGAAUUUAUGCUUGAAGGCUUUGAAUCAGUCUAUUGGUCGUGCGAUCAGACACAAAGCUGAUUAUGCAGCAAUUUUGUUGUUGGAUACGAGAUACGGUAGGCCGGAUAUUCAGCGUGGACUUCCGGCCUGGAUACGGGGAUCGUUUUCGAUGCAUUCUGAAUUCAGGACUGGAUUCAGUUCGCUGAGGGAUUUCUUUCGGGCGAAGAAGGAUCAAUUAGUCGGAAGAACGACUGUUUUGAGUUCUAGACCGUUUUCUAGUGUCAGUGUAGGAGACGACGAAAGAAAACGAAGUGUUUCAUGUCAGGAAGCCAGAAGGUUUAUGAUUGAUUGUAUGAUCAGCGUUGGAACUGAUGCAACGGCUGCUGCUUCACUUGCGAACACCCUGGUGGCAGCUGAUGAACGAGGGCAUUUUAGCCAUGGGCUGAAUCGACUUGAGAUGUACGUGAAUGAUAUCAAAGCGAACACCUGUGAUGGAUCUGCGAUACCAGUGAUUCUCAAGGAGUCGCCUGCUACAGCGUGGGUUGAUGGAAAUAAUGCCUUGGGUCCGGUUGUCGGAAAUUUUUGUAUGCAGUUGGCGAUUAAUAAGGCGAAACAAGUUGGAGUCGGUUGGGUGACAGCAAAAGGCUCAAAUCAUUAUGGCAUCGCUGGAUGGUAUUCUGAACAAGCUGUUGCUGAGGGUUUGGUCGGCAUAUCUAUGACCAACACAUCACCUUUAGUUGCUCCAACUAGAGGGAAAAAGCCAGCUUUGGGAACCAAUCCUUUGGCGGUUGCUGCACCUGGUGGAUUCAACUUGGACAUGGCCACAUCUGCAGUAGCUGUAGGAAAAUUGGAAAUUGCGCAUGUGAAAGAAGCUAAGAUUCCUCCGGGUUGGGCACUGGAUGCACAAGGAAAUACUGCGACAGAUCCUGCGAAAGCCUUACCAGCGGCACGUGGUGUUCUACUACCAUUGGGCGGUGAUGAGUUGCAUUCAGGGUACAAGGGUUACGGGCUUGGAUUGAUGGUGGAUCUCUUCUGUGGAAUACUGGGAGGAUCAGCGUAUGGGCCGAAUAUCCGAAUGUGGCUUUCUGCAGACUCGAGACCUGCAAAUCUGGGCCAGUGUUUCGCAGCCAUUGAUCCCUCGUGUUUCAGUAGUGAUUACGAAUCUAGUAUGAAAGACCUUGCCAAAACUCUGCGAAGUUUUGAACCUGUGGACCCGGAAAAAUCUGUGCUUAUUGCCGGGGAUCCAGAGCGUUCCUGGAUCACCGCAACGGAGAAACGCGGUGGUAUCCUGUAUCAUCAAAAUCAGUUGUCAAGGGCUAACAGUGCUAUGGAGUUAAUGGAAGAUUUGUCAGAUGAAGAACUGAAGCAGUUUUUGCAUGCAAACUUAAAUAAAUUAAGUGGUUUAUCUGCACCCAAAUAUGAAGACUUCUGUGACAAAUGGACCAUCAGUCAGUUUGGGGAGGGAAUGAAGUUUGCAGACAAAAUCAUUCUCUCCAGUUUGCGUGGAAAUAACUUCUGGAACAACUCAACAAAGAUUCAAAAUAUCCUGGAUAAUGUUUUCCAAGAAACAUCAGUUGAUUGGAAGCAAGUUCUUGAAAGAAAUUCUGCGUUGCAAUCUACAAACCGACUUCUGUUCCAUAACUGGGAAGUCAAUCUCGUGGUCAUGGCGAACAGCGAUACGUGGUCGGAUAUGCAGGAAUUCAUCAUGCGGAAGAACAGUUUGAUGGAGCGCAUGCAAAAGCGGAAACGCGAGCGCGAGGGUCUGCUGAAGGACGUUGUUACGUCGUCGUCCUGCGAUAACACAGGGUCGUCAUCUGGCGAACCGCCGGCGAAAUUUCCCGAUUUGAAGCCCGAUCUCAUGAAUUGUCCUGCGCUGAAAGACCCUGCCGUGGAAUUCGAACUUUUGUCCAAGUUAUGCGACGCAAGUGUUUCAUUGCCCAUCGAUGCAUCUUCGCUUAUUCAGCACAUUUCCGGCGUGCUAAGUAGGCAAAUCGCGCUUCCAGUAGUCACAAAUUUGCUGAAAAAAUUUGCUGUCCAAGAAUUGAUAACGGUCAGCGAAGUGCAGAAAAGCAAGCAAAUCGAGUUCCAGGUGACAGCAGUGGAAUACGAUAAACUGUGGAUGUUCGCGAAUGAAAUUCGUGCCGAAGUUGGUGAGGUGCAGUCGGGGCAAAGCGGUUUUACUAUCCAAAAUGCUUCCACGACUUCUGUGAAGAAAGAAGCCAAAACUGUUCUUAAAGAUUGUGAAAGUUCUGCCGAAGAAGUGAAACCCUCUGCUCCGAGUAAAGUGGAAGAAUCUACUGUUGGCUCAUCUGCUCCUGACGAUAUCAUGAGAUUAUUGUCUAUGAGAACGACGAAAGAACGAGAAACUAAAAAGCUUGGCGAAGAAAUUCUUGAGCUGCUUAGCAAACCGACUGCCAAAGAAAGAUCAACUGUUGAGCGUUUCAGAUCACAGGGAGGAACUCAAGUACAAGAAUUCUGUUCUUAUGGAACACGUGAUGAAUGUGUGAGAGCCCGGUUAAAGCUGUCUUCGUCAUCUUCUUUGUGUCGGAAGCUGCACUUCCGAAAAAUUAUUCAGAAACAUACGGAUGAAGCAUUGGGGGAUUGUUCUUUUCUGAACACCUGUUUUCACAUGGAUUCUUGCAAGUAUGUUCACUAUCAAGUUGAUUACGAAGGGGCAGCUGUGAGACGAGAUGAAAAAGAAGAGGUUCUCUCCUUGGAAUUGGCAGACUCAACAUCGGCAGCAGAUAUUCGGAAUAAAGCGAACGAAGUGAUGAUGCGACCCAGUGAAUCAACGGUGUUGUUACCGCCACAAUGGAUUCAGAGUGAUCUUAGAUUCUUUGAUAUGAGUAUCUUGGGAAAGUUUUCUGUGGUCAUGGCUGAUCCUCCGUGGGAUAUUCACAUGGAGCUUCCGUACGGAACUAUGUCUGACGACGAAAUGCGGCAGUUGAAUGUACCUUGUCUGCAAGAUGAUGGGCUCAUUUUCUUGUGGGUCACCGGCAGAGCCAUGGAGCUGGGAAGAGAAUGUUUAUCCCUGUGGGGAUAUGAGCGAGUGGAUGAACUCAUUUGGGUGAAGACAAAUCAGUUGCAGAGAAUCAUUCGCACGGGCAGAACUGGACAUUGGCUGAACCAUGGAAAAGAACAUUGCUUGGUUGGGAUGAAAGGGAAUCCUGAUAAACUUAAUCGUGGUCUUGACUGCGACGUCAUCGUAGCUGAAGUGCGAGCCACUUCGCAUAAACCGGACGAAAUUUAUGGGAUCAUCGAACGUUUGUCUCCUGGAACCAGGAAAAUAGAGCUUUUCGGGAGGCAACAUAAUGCUCAGCCAAACUGGAUAACGUUGGGAAAUCAGCUGGACGGAAUACGUUUGGUCGACCCAGAGUUGGAGGAACGAUUCAAGGUUCGUUAUCCCGAGGGGAAUGCAAUGACACCACCGAAACAGAAAAAGAAGAGCUGUUCUGCCCGCGGAGUGCCCUUACCUGCUGAACACCAACUCACGCCAUGCGUUCAGCGGCGUUCCGCAUCACACGCCGCCAUUCCGUCGCAGAGCGUUGCUCGCGGCGGACAUGCAGUAAUUUUCUGCGACGAUGACCAGUGA